CACCUUAGAUACCAGAAUACCAUCCAUUUCUGUUAGGUUGACUUCUUGCAGCGCGCGCUUUCCGGCCCUAGUUCAGUCCGUUACCAGACCUUCGCCAGUUCGAACGUGUUUUGUUUUCCUGUCUCAAUUUCGGAAGCGUCCGAUCGUUGUUGGUUGUUUUGGUUUCCAGCCGCGUUACGCCGCGCGCGUUCCGACCGACGACGCGGGGGAGGAAGCUUGUUUGCAAAGUGCAAUGACACACCUAACUACGGGAAACGAUGACUACGGUGGGCGCGCGCUGCACCAUUCCACCCGGUUGGAUUAUCUCGGACUACUGCUGGAUGGUUAGCUGAAGAAGCUCUGAGCCCUACAGGAAGUUAUUGCCGCCUCUCUGUGGGUGGCGGGAUCUAAGGAAUUUUGUGUGAUCGAUGGAAAUUUUCAUCCGAAGCGGAAUUUCUGUAACGAACAAAUGUUACUAAAUAUGAAGACGAAGAAAUUCGAUCCAGAUGGUUCAAUUAGUGAAUUAAAAGUGCAUCUUCGAUCAAAGUAAAGAAGUGCAGUGUGUUCCACAAACUGUGAAGAGUCGUGUUUCAUGUUGGGGUUCUGAAUGCGGUGGUGGUGGUCCAAAUCUUGUGGGACGUCACUAUUAAUAGCUAACGGCCGCUAAGAUUGCCGCCGUCUUCCGAACGUGUGAGGAAGAUGAAAGUGGAUCAGGAAUUUUUACGCCCGGCAUCCGUCGCUAUGCAUCUCACAAUAAUCUAGACAGGAGGAAACCCAGGGAAGGGACGCAAUGAUGCACGAGGCCACGCCGCAAUGUGCGAGAAAAACGAAGCAAAACAAAGUGUCAAGAGUGAAUGGAAAUGAUAUGCACCGAAUGCCGCGUUAAAAUGUGAAUAAAGUGAUCUACUGAUCUGUAAAAUUGAGUGAUAGGCUAGAACGGCUGACAAGUUAGUUGAUGGAUGCACCUAGUUCCAUCGUGCGAUGCGUGAUCUCCCCCAGCUGUGGAUGGUUUCGCUUUUGAUCUUGUUUGCGGCGGCUGACUAGUGAAGUGUGGUACUGCUGCUAUUGGUUGUUUCCGGUAGUCUUGGUUGGAUAAGCAGUGAUGGGGGCGCAUGAUCUUUUGUAGAAUAGCAGUGCGCGUUCUUGAUAUUGUUACCAUUGUGGCAGCAGGAAGUGUCUUUGUUGUGAUGUGACCAACCGAAUCAAGUUCAUGGCUGAAUGAUCCUAAGAGGUAUGAAUUUAAUAAUGGGCAAUCGAUAAAUACCAAUGGUGAAUAAGUGGAGCAAACAACAACGGGCAAACUUCCAAUUGAUAGUGACAACUUGACAAGUGUGAACGACCUAGGAAGAUCCUUCGGAAAGUGUAUCUGUGUUUUGAAAAAAGUUAUGAAUGAAAAUGUAUUACCUUGUGGUGCAACGUUGAUGUGGUUCAUUUGGUGGUUGGAAAUAAUAAACAUCGCGUUGUGAUGGGAUAUGAGUAUAAGAAGGAAGAUAAAUCGUUAACAGAAGCACUUGGAUAACCUUUGUGGAUUACUAAACGACAGUGUACGAAAAUUCAUCAUGAAGGCAGACAACAGAGAUGGUAGUUCUACAGCUACGACAGUCUACAGGAUACUGCAGAGCCCGGCACCGAUAUGCAUGUUCUACUUUGCCCAUCCAUUUGGGAUUUCAUCGCCGGCUGCCACCACCACCACCGCAUCCACCUCGGCCAAGGCGUCAAAUCCUCCCAAAGCAUCAAAACCCGAACCAAGCCGCAAACCGGUGCCACUACCCGCUCCCAAAUAUGAGCGACAACCAUCCAAGACGGAAAUCGUUCGCCAAAGAGCCGACUCCCGAGAUGGACCGACCAAGUCGAGCGGCGGAAUGGCAGCGGCAGCGCGCUCUGACAAACUGCCGCCAAAGACGCCAGCAGCGGAAAAUCGCGCCAAGCUGAAAAAGACCAAAAAUAGUCAUCAUGGUGCUGGGGGAACUCCCGGGAAGAAAACCGUGACGACUGUGGCGAAUGGAGGCCAUCGGGUGAGUCGAACGCCGCUGACAGUGAAACCGCACGCCAAGGCGCCCAGGCGGCCCAAUGCGAUCGAGAUGGACAAGCGGGUUACGCCGUUGACGCCUUGGCCCAGUACCAUUUGGAACAGGGAUUUCUUGAUACCGCCGCUGUUGCAGGUGCUCGCGAAGCAACAUGGUCGCAAAAUACCCGAUAUCGAGCAAAUUUUGCGCACCGUUCGCUCCGCUUGGAAUACACCGAAAUCGCAGCGAUCACUCUCGCAAAGCCAAGACAGCCGCGAUUCAUCCUCGUCCACCUGGGACCUAUCGAGCUCGUGCGAUAGCUACUACUGUGACCAGGGACGCCGCCACAGGAUGGGUGCCGGGACGUACGCCACGGUAAUGGGCUCCGGCCCGGGACUGUUUCGGAGGCGAUAUUCCGUGCCGGAAAUCAUCAUGCGGAAACAUACCUUAUCCCAGCAGAAGUCCUACGACGAGCCGCCGCACGAUACCAACCACAACAACAUCGUGCUGACCAACAAAAACUACUACCCUUCGCCGUCCCCCAAGCAUCAGCAGAUGAAACAGCAGCAACCCCAACUCCAGAAGAAGCCGGGCGGCGGUGGGCCAAUGACACGCUCCCACAGCAAGGAAUCCCCGGUUCUGCAGCGCAAACAACAACAGCAACCACAGUCACCGCCGGUUCUAGUUCACCGGAAAUCGAUUACUAGGGCGGGCAGUAGCGUGGAGAGCGGCUGCGGCAGCGGGGACUUCACCACCGGACUGGCUUCAACCGGGUCCGAGUCCAAUCUGGCCGUUUUGAAGCGCCAGCCGUCGUCGUCGUCACUAGGUGGUAUUAGUCGUAGCCAAAAGUGUAGUAGUGUCAAUGGUAUUAAUAGCAAUGGUAAUAAUAGCAAUAAUAACUAUGUUGUUGGCCAUCCUGUCGGUAGCAGCGCGGGGUUGGGUGGCGCAGGUGUCCUGGGCGUGGGUGGUUGCGGUGGUGGUGGUGACUAUUCGAUGAGAAAAUCGACCCUGCUGCGGCGGAUGUGGAGCAAAGAAAUGCGAAGGUACGACCGGUCUGGCAGUUGGUCACCACCGCUUCGGAGGGCACCACGACGAAUCUACAGUAUUGAGAACAUCCUACCGCCGGAGGGUGGUGGCGUUAGUGGUGGUGGUGGUGGUGGUGGUAGCGGUAGUAGCGACGGGAGUUGUGCGACAACCACGGCAACCUCGUGUAAGGAAUGUGCGAAGCUGGAGAGUCAGUACAAUAGUAACGCUAGAGGUGGCAAGUUGGCUGCUAAUGAGUCACCGAAAAGGCUCAGACUCACGGGUUCGUUGAAUAAUAUUAACCUCCAGAAGGGUGACAGCGUGGAGGCGUUGAGUCGACUCAGUACACCGAGCAAUCGAAAUCAGAUAUCCAGUGAGGGGUUGGUGGACGAUAGUGUAAGUGCGACGACAAAAAGUUCCAAACCGGAGGUUUCCAGUACCACUGGAAUCGUAAAUACCCCUCUGAUUCAACGCAAGGAAGAGGUCGUCCAUGACCGAUCCAAGCGGAACUUCAUCUUCAUGAGCGCCAACGACGCAGUCGAGCUUGAUGAGGCAGAUCUUACCAGCAGUACUUCCUCCGUAGCAUCCCAAACGUUUAUCCGGCCGGUCGGACGAGCUGGCAGCACUGGCACUAUCCUUGAAGCGAGCGAAGAGGGUACGCUAAUCGAUAACGACGAACACGGACGUGAACGCGAACGCGAUGACGGUGAUGACGGUAAUAGUACGAUUUUGAACGCGCACGAUAACGAAAGUGACAUCAGUGAAUUCCUGAAGGAGGAAGCUAUCGCGUCGAAAGAUGAUUAUCAAGAUUAUCGGGAAGCUCCUGCUGAGCGCGCUGGUGAUACUGAUGCUGAUGUUCAUUCUCGAAAACGUACUGAGACUGUUGGUCACGGUGCAGCAUCAAGAGGUACUGCUGUGAAGGUCAAGGAGAUUAACGAAGGACAAUUCCCGCUGAAGAAGCAAAUUACGCGACGGGGCAGCAACGCCAGUAGUAGUGCAGUUAGUGUUUCCGCCGAUAGUACCGAUAGUGAAAGUGUUUUUGUGGACGGCAAUGAUAAUUUCGCGAGUGAUGAAAAGAACUUGACGAGAGAAGAUAUCCUGAAGAACGAAGAACGAUUGGAUGAAUACAUAUCAAAUUUGCUGGUGGACAAUUUGAAUAAUUUGCUGGAUACAAAGGAACUAGUGACCAACGGUUUCGCAAGUUCAGACCAGAAGAAUAACAAUCAGCAAUUAGAAGAAGCAAAAUCGAUUGACCAUACGAUUAGUGGCGCUUUAGAGGUCGAGGUAAUGAAGCACAAAGAAACGGAAAAAUACAUAGGAGGAGGUGGUGGGGUGGUGUGUAACUCACCGCCCGAUCCGAGCACUAAGCUAAAGCAACAGCAGAGCACAGUGGACAAGGACAGCGAAAAGGAAAAUGAAGACUCCAUGAAUAACAAUCGCUCGGACGAAGGUGGUAAAAUCUCCAUCAAUUAUGUCCGUAAGAAGAGAGGACUUGGUGAGAAACAGUCAAAUUCCAAUGGAUUCUACCUCGCACCAAGAAAUGGCUCUCGAGAUUCGGACGGACUCCCAUCGGAGAUAGACCUCAAUGGGAAGUAUUAUUUCCCAUCCUACGGCAUCGAGACGGAUCCCUCCGAUCACACCGAUAUCGCUUCGGAACCCGAAGUGCAAAUAAUCAGUAAGAUCGGACUGGGAUCUGUUUACCGUGAGAAUGGCAAUGGGAGAUGCACAAUAGUUCCUCGCAUAUCUGCACUUCCUCGAACCGAGUCCAUGGAAGUGCAACCCUCUUCAAACUCUGCUGAGGAAUUCGAUGAUCUGCCGGAAAACAAUGGAUCCGACUCGGACACACCCAGCUUGGUAGACAGCCUUGAUGAGGUAGAAAUAACUCCACGGAGAAGACCCGAUCGAAGAAAGUCCCAUGCAGCGUCAUCUCCUGCGCCGGCAUCGACAACUCCAGCCGAACCUACCGCCGAGUCAACUACCAAAUCCGAGUCAACCAGUUCGGACAAAUCGCCACGGCACGAGAAAGGCGAAGCAUUCUUCGUACCCAUUCAGGACACGACUGUGAUAAUCGACGAGCACAUUGUAGUUGCCGACACGAUGCCGAUCAGGCUCAAGGAACGCCUGAACAAUCGGCAACGAUUGAUGAUUUGGAAGAAGGAACAGGAAAACUUGAAGAAACAUCGCAAAGCAAUGCGAAUAAUUGAACAGCGUAAGUUCUACGGCGAACCUGCCAUACAAGUGAUCAGUACCAUCGAUCGAGCGAUCAGUCGCAAAGAGUUCAUUCCCCCGGCUGCAAAGAAGCAUGUUUUCGGACAAAGCCCUGCAUUCACUCCCAAAACUCCUAAAACGAAAAAGAAAAGCACCGCUUUGCGUACGGAGCUUGGCAUGCUUGAGUCGUACAAAAUAGACGCUCGUGGCAACAUGCAAAUUACAAAUACUGCAGCUACUAGCACCUCAACUGGAAGUGCUGCCAGCUCUAAAAAGGUUUCCAAGAGUCCAUGGGGCCAAGCGGCUGAACGUAGGCAAAAGUCUAGCAGCGAAGCACAAUCUGCACCGGCAUCUUCCAAAUCCUCGCUUCAACCCACAACGGCAACGACAACUACAUCCUCGAAAACACCAAAGAAAACACCGGUCGAUGUCAGAAGAAAGCACGUUCUGAAGGACGUCCAACAAAUGACACUGUACCCUCACGCCGAUCUUACUCCUGACAUCGAGGGCGGCCCAAGGCGGGUAUAUCAAAAAACCGAGAUCCAGGAAGGCGACAAGCACAUAGAGAUCCUGGAGAUUGUAGAAUGUGCAGACAGUGCUCCUCGCAGGCCACCGCGGGUCCGAAGUGCCGGUAGUCGAUCAGGUCACAACAAAUCUCGCAUUCCUGUUCCCAUCUACAGAUGGGGUCGAUACAGACGAAGUGCCUACUCUAGAGAAAAUAGCCCUUUGUCAACGGCUGGCAGUAAUCCAAAAGUAGAUCGAAUGAUCGCCGAUCUGCUGAUCGAAGCCUUGGCUAAUCCAGACGACGUCGGGGUCAAGUUCAUCAAGUCCCCAGAAGAGCUGAAAGAUAAAGCCAAGCGAUCACCCUCGAAUCGUAAGAACAUCGCCUCGAACAGCUCCACCCCUCGGCGAUCGGCCAACAGUGGCAAGUAUACGCAACGUUUCGAAGUGAUUCCCGAGGAGAGGAGCAGUGUAUCGAUCUCCUCCUCGAACGAAGAACUUUCCUCCGCUCGGAAGAAGCACUCCUCUCCGCGUCGCGUCAGUUUCGACGAACACCACAAGAUCCUCAACGUUGACGAAUUCGAGCCGAAAUCUACGAAAUUAACGGUAAAACCCGCCGUUUCGCCGAAGCAAUCUCCGAAGCCAUCGCCCAAAAAAAGCACAACCACUACCCCAGUUGCCACACCCUCGCCCAAGGCAUCUGCGUUGAAGAAGGUUAGCACCUCGAACGGCCCAACCACCACCAGCCGGGGCAAGGCGGCCAUCCAAAGUGAUGUGGUCGAAGAGAAGGGCUGGAUCGGGUUCAGCACCCAGCACGAGGACGAGGCCACCCCAGUGAAUGGCGAUGAUGAUGAAGACGUUCACCGUCCACCGGUAGCGGUGAACGGAGCACUAGAAGUCAAUGGCCAUCACCAUUCCAACCUAGCCGCUAAACAGCAUGAGCGUAGAAAUAUUGUUAAAACCAUCGUAACUGGCAACAUUGCACGCGACUGUGAUAGCAGAGUUAUACGGCAUGACACCCAGAAUCACAUUGUUGAUCACUUUCAUCACCAUCAAAGUGUAAAUAUCAGCGUUACGCCGGCGACGUUAACCGCCGGAUCGGUAGUGUCUGUUGAUCAUGUAAGAUCGACCGCGGCUACGGUCGGAUCUUACAAUAGCUGUAACAGUGCCAUUGGGGCUACACAGUUUGCCAACAGCAACGAACUCAUUCCAACGGUCGCACGAUCUCUCCGUAGUAACGCUAAUCAUCUAGCAGUUGCGACCUACUCCAACGGAUGCAAUCGAAAACUGACCAGUGGCGAAUUUUCAGAUGAAUCCUGUUUCACCGACAGUCUCAAUAUGAAACCUUCGCCAUUAAGACACGAAGACACGAAUACGUCACGUGAAAUUGCUAUUCCAGUGCAGAUUGAAACAGGAAUCAAAUCAACCAAACAUGGAGCUCACAGCAUCAAUGAACUGAAGUCCACGGCAGACUCAGUGAAAGAGGUAAACGUAGACAACUCUUGUGAUUGCAACGAAUCAUUGUAUCCUUACCACCAGAUCCGAGAGGAAAACGCAUGGCAUGUCUACGAAACGGCUGACUGCAAGGUCAUACAAUCCAAAAUCGAGUACUACGAAACAUCAAUACACCGGACACCACUUACAGACAACAACCACCAAAGUUUAUUCGGACAACUAACCGAUAGAUCACAUGGAUCUCUUCGAUCUGCCAUCUUGAACGCUACUUUUGACAACCAUGAACUCGUACGGCAUGAACUGAAAGCAGAUGAUCGGACAAAUCUCACAUCAGCCGAUACGCUCGACAGUCACCACAUCCCAGCUGUUACAGCCGCAAGAACUCCAGCGAUGAGCGAAGAUGCUCCGAAAACUUCAGAGACCUGCAGCAGUUGUUGUUUCUGUAACCCCGAACUGCACAAGCACAACGGGAACCAAUCUGAAACAUGUUUCUACUGUCAAGCCAAGGCUCAAACCCCUAGUAAAACGUUUCCUGCACCCCCAACCCCACCCAAUAUACAGAUGUCUCCUGUUCCUCCUUCUCCCAAAACGCCAAUCAUGGAACUAACUCCAACUCCUUCCCUACAAGAAAUUCCCCUUUCUUCCAACAAAACACUACAACCGCAAAAACCUCGAGAUCCUUCUCAUCCCAUCACCCCGAAACACACAUCCAAACACAUCCCUAUCAACCCAAUGCCCACACCCGACAUUAGUACCGCAUCGACCUCAAUCAACGGCUUGUACACCGAAACCACCAAAAAGACUGACCACACCCACACCAAAAUCAAAACCAAAACCUCGGACACUGUCAGUACCAAGUGCUCCACCACCAACGAGAAGAUCAAACGCUCCUACGUGCCAUCUACCGGCGACUCGGAAAAACUUGAAGAAGUCUCCAAGAAGCUCACCCGCAAGAAAUCCGAAACCACCGUGCUCAACCGACCCAAACACGUCAACAACCUCAACCGCGCGUCCAGCGUCGUGCACUCCGUUCAAAAGGAGGUCCAAAACCAGCUCAAAACCCCCAUCAAAGUGCUGCCCAAAACAGCCAAAGAACUCAGCAACCGUAAAGAACGGGACAAACAAAUCACCCUCAACCUCCCGCUCGAAAGCGAGUCACCCAAAAAGCACUCCAAGUCCAAAACAACCCUAGGGUUCGAGAAUCCCCCGAAACCCACCGCCAAAGCGCCCUGUGCUUCCUCGCAGAGCUACGACGAAACAAGUUCCUCCAGCUCCACAAGCACCAGUCCCAACUCGAGCCCGUUCAAGAAGUGUGCUGCCCUACCGCCGGCGGCCACCCGCUGGAAGCACAACAGCGAACGGAACCUCACGCAGCUAACCAUGCAGAAAAUUACCGCAGCAAGCAAGUGGGGCAACAAGUGGCGGAAAGCUGCCCGGCAGCAUGAAAACGAUCCCACCCUGGUGGAAACCACGCUGAGUCCCAUCCGGAGGCGGCCCAGUGCCCAGCUGAUGGACGACGACCUGGGCGCAGGGAAGGUCGCCGAUGACUCACCGCUAAGGAUGCCAACCGAGCGAACGAUGAACGGGGCGAGUGCAGCGACAACGACGGCGACCACAACGACCAGUAGUGCUGCGGCAGCAGCUAUGAUAGCGGCGGCACCCAGCAUCGUCAGUGGAGUCACCCAGAGCACGACCAACCAAGGUUGGACGGUAACGGUGGCCGGAAACUACAACCCGGAAAUGGCCCCAGAUGUCGAGAUGAAGCUCAGCUUCCCGAAGCAAGCGAAUGCAUCGAUCACUGGCGGCAGUCAAGCUUUAGCCAGCGGCAUCACCAGGCGCACCACCCAACCCAGUGGUGCCGCCGCCGAUAGUAGCCUUCAAUCGAGUGCCAUUGCUGGCCACCGGAAGCAAUACAUCGAGGAAGCCCAUCACAUUCCGGGUCGAGGAGGUGGCGGCCACAGCUACCCGGCGGCGCAGGAUGAUGACAGCUAUGGCGGCGUAAGUCGGGGCGCGGCACGGGCAGCCCUUCCACCUCCGGCAGGUUUGAAUCCCAAGCGGACACUGUCCCGAUCGGAUGGAACCGCAGGCGGCAAAGAUUAUCGUCUUCCAAACGUUGGCCCCGCGAACAACGUUACCGGAAGACAAAACGCUAAGAAAUCCAUCAAGCAGACAAUGGAAUGUAGCGUCGUGGCUUCCGCUACAACGAGAACCGUCGCCAACAAGUACCACAUGCUCUCCCACCAGCAUCAGCAACUGCACGAUCAACAGUCGUACCCCUCUCAUCACUACAAUCCGUCUUCCUCAUCCUAUCACCAUCAGCAGCAGCAACAACAAUCAUCCUCAACUUCGGUCGGAGGUCCUCCGACGACGGCAACAGCAACUGGUGGCGGAAAUCGCGGCGGCGGUGGCGGUGGCCAUGGUGGCAGUAGACCACGUGCUACGUCCAUCCAAUCACUCCAUCCCUCAUUGCAAAAUGGUGGCGGUGGCAAGUUUUCCUCAUCCAACUCGCACCAGCCGCGCUAUCACGAUCAGCCUCCAUCCUUAGAUUACGGAAGUAACGCCACCUACCGGCGGAUGUCGCUGGAGAGCCCACACGGUGGCACCGGACCCGUUGAUCACUUGUCCGUCAUGGGCAAUGCCAUCGCACCGGAGCACAAACCCAAGGUACCGACGAUGAGCGAACGGGAUCUCACGCGAAGGCACCAUCCGUGCUACACGCGCAAUAUGCCAUAUUUUUCGUAAGAAUCGUACUAGAAACUAGAACAAGAUCUGUUGCACAAAGUUAGAAUUUGAUUUCCGGUGUAUAAAGUUUGAUUAUUAAAAUUUUAGUAGAAAAAAAGUACAAGAACAGUUCGGCAAAGUUGAGAGACCAUUGUCUGUUCCACAGACAAAGCUGUAGGUCGAAAUACCAUUUAAGAGCUAGUUUCACAAUUGUUUCACUUUUCUUUUCGUUUUGCAAAAUUCCGAUAAAUUUCACUGUAGCCUUCUUGUUAUGUGUUGUUCAGACUACAGUGUUUUAGCAUGGUAUGGUAGUUAUAGACAGGAUUCAGUCAUAUAACAUGUCUCAACUUUGUAGUCUGAUACUUAGCGGUAGGAUAGUUUCAGUUGUUUGUUGCAUUUAAAAUUCGAUGAAAUGAAAAUAAAAGUAUUACUUGUAAUUUCAUAUGUAAUAAGCUAAAAUGUGAUUCAAAAUAAAAAUUGUUCUAUUGAA